GUCACUAUGAACAAUGGCCCAGCUAUACUACAAAAAGGUAAACUAUUCACCGUACAGAGAUCGGAUCCCGUUACAGAUUGUGCGAGCGGAGGCAGAGCUCUCAGCGGAAGAGAAGGCCUACCUCAGCGCUGUGGAGAAGGGGGACUAUGCCAGUGUGAAACAUGCCUUGCAAGAGGCAGAGAUCUACUACAACAUCAACAUUAACUGUAUGGAUCCUCUUGGUCGCAGUGCCCUUUUAAUAGCCAUAGAGAAUGAAAAUCUGGAGAUCAUGGAGUUGCUUUUGAGCCACAGUGUGUAUGUGGGAGAUGCUCUGCUGUAUGCAAUACGGAAAGAGGUGGUGGGAGCUGUGGAGUUGCUGCUGAAUUACAGGAAGCCAAGUGGUGAAAAACAGGUUCCAACCUUGAUGAUGGACACCCAGUUUUCAGAAUUCACUCCAGAUAUCACCCCAAUAAUGCUGGCGGCUCACACCAACAACUAUGAAAUCAUCAAACUGCUUGUCCAAAGACGGGUAACAAUUCCACGCCCACACCAGAUCAGAUGCAACUGUGUGGAAUGUGUCUCCAGUUCGGAGGUGGACAGCCUGAGGCAUUCCAGGUCAAGGCUGAACAUCUACAAAGCCUUAGCCAGCCCUUCGUUGAUUGCCUUAUCAAGCGAGGACCCCAUCUUGACGGCCUUCCGACUGGGCUGGGAGCUGAAGGAGCUCAGCAAAGUGGAAAAUGAGUUCAAGGCUGAAUAUGAAGAGCUUUCACAGCAGUGCAAGCGUUUUGCUAAGGACCUUUUGGACCAAGCACGGAGUUCCCGGGAAUUGGAGAUCAUUCUCAAUCACAGAGAUGAUCAAAGUGAAGAGCUGGAUCCCCAAAAAUGUCAUGAUUUGGCAAAGCUAAAGGUAGCAAUAAAGUAUCACCAGAAAGAGUUUGUUGCUCAGCCAAACUGCCAGCAGCUACUAGCAACACUUUGGUAUGAUGGUUUUCCAGGAUGGAGGCGGAAACACUGGGCAGUAAAACUCUUGACCUGUGUCACCAUUGGACUGCUAUUUCCUGUGCUAUCCGUGGCAUAUCUGAUUGCACCGAAGAGCAGGCUGGGACUGUUCAUUAAAAAGCCAUUUAUAAAGUUUAUCUGCCACACCGGCUCUUACCUAACCUUCCUCUUCAUGCUCCUGCUGGCGUCGCAGCACAUCGUCAGGACUGACCUUCACAUGCAGGGACCACCUCCCACCAUCGUGGAGUGGAUGAUCCUGCCCUGGGUUCUAGGUUUUAUCUGGGGAGAAAUCAAGGAAAUGUGGGAUGGUGGAUUCAAUGAGUAUGUACAUGACUGGUGGAAUCUGAUGGAUUUUGCAAUGAACUCCCUCUAUCUUGCAACUAUCUCCCUUAAAAUUGUUGCCUACGUCAAGUAUAAUGGUUCUCGUCCAAGGGAGGAAUGGGAAAUGUGGCACCCGACUCUCAUUGCAGAAGCCCUCUUCGCAAUAUCCAAUAUUUUAAGUUCCUUGCGUCUCAUAUCCCUGUUUACAGCAAAUUCACACCUGGGACCCUUGCAGAUUUCUCUGGGACGCAUGCUGCUAGACAUCCUUAAAUUCCUUUUUAUCUACUGUCUGGUGCUUCUGGCUUUUGCCAAUGGACUGAACCAGCUUUAUUUUUAUUAUGAGACCAGUGCCUCGGAGGAACCCAACAACUGCAAGGGGAUCCGAUGUGAGAAACAGAACAAUGCCUUCUCCACACUUUUCGAGACCCUCCAGUCACUCUUCUGGUCUGUGUUCGGUCUGCUGAAUCUCUACGUCACCAACGUGAAAGCCAGACAUGAGUUCACAGAAUUCGUUGGGGCCACUAUGUUUGGGACCUACAACGUCAUCUCCCUUGUUGUGCUGCUGAACAUGCUCAUAGCCAUGAUGAACAACUCCUACCAGCUCAUUGCCGACCACGCGGAUAUUGAGUGGAAGUUUGCACGGACGAAGCUCUGGAUGAGUUACUUUGAUGAAGGUGCCACUCUGCCCCCUCCUUUUAACAUCGUCCCGAGCCCCAAGUCAGUCUGGUACCUUUGCAAGUGGAUUCACAAUCAGCUGUGCCCAGGCAAUGACUCUGACAAUGAACAGAAGAGGCAUGAAAACCUCAAAACAUUCACAGAACGGCACGCAGACAACCUGAUUCAGAAUCAACAUUACCAGGAAGUGAUAAGAAAUCUUGUAAAAAGAUACGUCGCAGCAAUGAUAAGAACUUCCAAAACCAAUGAAGGUUUAACCGAAGAAAAUUUCAAGGAAUUAAAACAGGACAUCUCAAGUUUUCGCUAUGAAGUUCUUGACCUUUUAGGAAAUAGGAAGCCCCAGAGGAGAAGUUACUCUACCAGCAGCACGGAAGUGUCCCAAAAGGAUGAAACAAAUGAGGAUGGUGCUGGAGAAAAACCCAAAGCCAAGAGUGUGUCUUUCAAUGUAGCCAACAAAAAAAAGGACUUCAAUGUAUCUGCUCUAAUUAAAACUAUGUCUGGGAUCGAUAUGGUGGAAGAGAAGCCAAAAAGCAAUGGGAUCAGUAAGCGCUCCUUUGUCCGAAAUGGAAAUAGAGUUCAGAGACUUUCCAGCUCCAAGAAGGAGUCCUUUAAGAGACUGGGCCUGCUUUUCUCCAAGAUGAAUGGACACGUACCCGAGCCCAAUUCAGAACCCAUGUACACUAUUUCAGAUGGAAUUAUUCAGCCACACUACAUGUGGAAAGACAUUAAAUAUUCUCACAUUGAUAAAGAGAGAGAAGAGAAUUGUUCCAAAAGUGAAAUUAACCUCAAUGAGGUGGACUACAGGGGGAACACAAGACUUACGGGACAGAGCAAGGAGUGCCCUGUGGUUUGUACCAGCUCCCUUCACUGUGCUUCCAGUAUUUGUUCCUCUAAUUCCAAACUUAUAGACUCGUCAGAGGAUGUGUUUGAUUCGUGGGGAGAGGCUUGUGACUUGUUUAUAAACCAGUGGAAAGACGGGCAGGAGGACCACGUUACAACUCGGCUAUAAGUAAAGCUAUCGUAACACCCGCUGGAAAACUUAGCCAAUUGUUUGUAAUUGUUUGCUCUCAUCUGACUCAGCAUUACUAGUUCCUUUCUGUCCACAGGUGAACAAAAAAGUGUGUAACUACUUACGUUAGCCUAUUUUAUAGCCAUCUGCACCUUUUUUAAUUUACUUUUUUUACACUCACAAACACUAAACUGAAGGUUUCCCCAUUUAUAAGGUCACUAUAAACCACAGGAGUCCCUUCGGAUGCAGUCUUAGUCUUCAACCCCUAGAGACUUCAGUCGCGCUGCUGGCUGAGUAAAGGAUGUCUCCAGUGCCAUCAUCAUCAUCCCACCGCCGCUGGGUUAUCGCUGCUGCUAUCCCACACGAUCGGCCCUGCGUCCUGCUCGAUCUUCCUCGUCAACACAACCAGCUGGUGAGCAGUGGCUUAGCAGGAGGCUAGGAAUCAUAGUUAAGACCUUUUUAGAAAGGGUUUCAGGUUAUACACGGCUUUUGUUUUCUUUAAGCAAUACAACCUCUCAUUCUUUCGGUUGUGUGUGGUUUUUUUCAGGUUAUUUAUUAUAUUAAUAUUGUAAAUUGUUACUGAAUAUGAGACUCCUUUGAUCAUCCAGCUAGAACAUGUUAUGAUUUGCUUAUUUACCUAAUAUCCCAUAAGACAUUCUCCCUGUAGGGAGCAGAAUGACCUUCCAGUUGGGCUGACAGCAGAAGCCAGCACCUGGCCUUGCUGCCAACUUCUGUGUAGGUGAACUGACCCCAAACCAGCUGUGGCUGCUUGAAACACAAACCCCGUGUGGGUCUCGUAUUCCGACCAGGCUGAACCAAAACCCAGCCCUGAGCCUUGCCUUUAUACCCCACGCCUCGAGCUGUAGCUGGUUUUUGAGAUUCCUAAUCUCAUUUCACUGCUGCAUUCGCUUUUUGCUGCGUCUCUGACAGACGUCGGGCUUUAGGAAGAAAAUUGUCCUGGUAUAUGGCAAGUGCUAAGAGAGAUCGUCUUCCCUGGGCCUGUGAGCUGCAUUUCUGAAAAGCAACCUAAGCAAUAGCAGCUCAAACCGCAUCUGCCAGCCUGGAAAGUCUCUGCAGUUCCUUUUCUAAAAAAAAAAAAAGAGUGCGGCAGUAGAUGUUAUCUUUCUUUUCCCCAGUUGUGGCAGUGCCUGGACAGGGCCUCCAGUGUCACUGCUUUUGUGCAUCAGAGAGGGGAGAAGGCAACCCCAUCAAGGGCAAAAUGGGUGAAUUUUUGACAGUGAUUGGGUUUUUUUUUUCCUUUAUUUUUAACAAUGUGAUACUUGAACUUUCUUCUGUGGUGUUGCUAAGAAACACAGAUGAUUGGCACUUACUUACCACCACUUCAGAGCUGUUAUUAGUCAGCUGCUUUCUUGGAGGAAGCAAGCCCUGGCCAGGAGCUCAGAAACGGCCUUCCCAUAUGGCAGAGUUCCUGCAGUCCCGCGUAAGGCUCUGUUCCCAGGAGAGCUUACAUGAGCUGGAGCGUAUCCCAAGGGUGGCUGCCAAAAAGCACCUUUUCUGUGACCUGUGCGUUCCAUUUGUAAAGGCACAAUGCUGGAAAAAUCUACACCUACCACUGGCACUGGUCAGAUUUUACCAGCAAGGGGCAGGAGCAGCUCUCACGGCAGGAUGGAGGGGCAGGAGAGGGAUUUCUCACGCAGCGGUCGUCCCCCCCCACCCAGAAGAGAUGCUGGGACACCUGCAGCUGGAUACUCUCCCUGACUUUUAAACCUGGUUCCCUCCUCUCGUUAAGGAAACCCCCCUGGGCACCUGUACGGCAUUACCUAAAGGUCACGGUGGGGCACGCCUACACCAGAGAGGGCAACGUGAACGAUGCAGCCAGCCCCUGUAGCAAUGCUGCGGAUGCCAACACACCGCACUCAUGGGAGGUUUUCGCUACAGACCUCAAGUUGGAGGCCAUGGCUCGAGGCUGGCUCUGGCGUCAAGAAAAAUGAGCAACUAGGAGCAGAGGCUCCAAAACGUUUCUGUGUUCCUUGCUUUUAACUGACGCCAGCCUUGCUACCAGCACGCAGUAUAAAUCCCCAAAUAUUUAAGCCUCUAGACGUGUUAGUUAAGGCAGAGUGAAAGGCAUUUUUGUAUCAACAGAUUUCAGGCUUUCAUACUAAUUGCAGGGUUAGAGUUGUCUUUGAAAACCACAUCUCUUCUUCCUUUAUGAAAGGCUGAGCAAACUGACAUUGGCACUACACAAGGAGACGUGCAAAAUCCGAGCUGCUACAGGGGGAUGAAGGCAAGGGUUUGAAUCCUUUUACGCCUCCCCUAACCACACUGCAGUUUAUGAACUCUCCUUGACACGGGGCCAGCAAAUCCUUAUGGCAUUUCCUGUGCAACAAGUAAGAAUGAAAAGAAUUCAGGUAGGGUUAUGCAGAUUACAUCAGCUGAGCUUGAGGCUGGGACAGAAGCAGGGUUCAUAUCCUUGGACAGCAGAAAGGCUUUUAACUUUUCCACGAGAGCAAGCACACCGCCCUGGCAAGGAGUCCAUUGUGUCACUCAAAUGCAGCACUGCAUUAACAGGUACAACUAACAAAAUCAAACGCGAUUAACUCCGCAGUGCUGCCCCCCCCGAAAUGUAAAAAUGAUGCCGGGCAGCGCAAACCCCUUCUGGGCAAGUCGUGCGAGUCACGUUCCCCUCCCGUGUCCUGAAAGGGCAGGGGUAGGCACUGCCACAUCGAAAUGCCACGGUGGAUAACGCAGCCUGCAAAAAUCUCCCGAUAAUCUUAUAUUAAAGGCGAGGUCACGUGGCUGCUUGGCUGGGGCUCCCCGGGGAUUUGUUCCGUGACUCAGAUACCUCCUAGCUGCCAGCUAUGAGGUAGUUUGAGCUGACUUUGGAAUUUAUCGCAAAUAUUUGAUUUGGUUGUGAUUAAUACAUGUGUCCAGGAGUUUGCAGAACUGUCAAAUUGGUCCCCCAAAAGGCAAAGUUCUCUUUGAUUGCAUCUAUGCAUCCCCUUUGGUAGCAAUAGACUUUAUAGCAGCUGGUAAAUUAUUACUCUAAAACAGGAGCUUCAGGGGAGGGAAGUCAAAGUAUCUUGUGAAAAAUACAUUUAAUAAGCAAAACCUGUUUUUCCUUAAUUCACUUUCAGUCACAGGGUUUGGGAUUCCACUAGCAUUUCUCCAUUUUCAAUUGCUCAAAAAGAAAACAUAUUUUAGUCAAAGUUAUUCUUUCCUUCAGAGAAAUCAGUGAACUACCCCUGUGCUGUCCGUGCAAGCGACCAGGGCAGGAGCUGAUGGGACACUUCGAGCUUCUCUGGUGAGCAGUUAAACUUUUCCUUGGCUGGGGUCCGAGAUGCACAGCUGUGGUACGCGCCUGGCCUUUAUUCUGUGCGCUUCAAGAGUAAUCCUUACCCGUAUGCAGGGAAUUUGCAAUUAGGAACAACAGAGAUCUCGACCACUCACCCUUUCUUUAGGUUUCUUGCUCUAAAGUUGCUUUAUUUCUCACCUCCCAUCUCCGGUGUCAUUUUCACCAGGCUCUUUAAAGCAGCACACCUACAAAUGAUCACCAAUUAAAAAGUUAUCAAAUACCAUCCAGGGUUAAGAAUCUCAAACAGAGCUAGGCGGUGUUUGUACUCAGGACAGAGAUUAAGGAAGUUGUUUCGGAAACAAGAAAUUAACUGACGUAUCUCUGCAGAUUAUUUGGAUAAUUGCAUUUGUAUAUUAUUCACUUACUGGUAUAUAUGUAAAUACUCGAGUAUUUGUAUACGUGUCCCUACAGAGGAAGCAUGCACAGCGGCUGAGCACGGGGUUAGAGAACGGGACUUCUGAGGUCUGUUCCCAGCUCUGCCACUGACUCACCUGUGACCUUGGGCAAGUCACUCAGCCUCUCCAAUGCCUCAGUUUCCCCAUCUGUAAAAUAGGGAUAAUAAUACUUACCUACCUCGCAGGGGGGGUUAGUUCAUUAUUUAUAAGCACUUUCAGAUCUUCAAAUUAAAGGCGCUAUAUACAGUAAGUAGUUAAUAUUCGUAGCAGUAGUAUGUACUUUUACUUUCUUACGACUAAUUCAGGUUAGGAUUUACCUGUAUGUCCGUUACGAUAGUUUUCCACGUAGAAAACUUAGCAUGGUUUCCCACGAAGGGAAUUUAGGGGACUUCUGCAGUAGACAGGGAGCAGGAGCAGCACACCCCAGAAGCCUAAACUCUAACACCCUUGCUUUUGCGGUUUAUGUCUCACCCUUAAUGUCACCUUAUGGUAUUUGCGUUUCAUCCUUUUUCUCAUGGUACACAUAACACAAUUUUUAGCAGAAACAGCCACUGUAAAUAUUAAGAGUAUUUAAAUAAAUAUAUUCACGUAUAAAUAUAAAACCUUACCUUUUAAAGAGGUUAAAAUUGGUUGAUGCAACAGACUUCUAAGCAUGGGGAGGUUCCACAGGCAGCCCAGCACUGACGCACGCGGCAGGAUACCGGAGUAGGGCUACAGGAGAACGUCCCCACGUGUCAUCGCCUCCUUCGUAUUCACUCUUCGCCCCGCCGCUGGCAAGGGCACGGAGCCCCGCCGGUGACAAGGUGUGGCAGGAGGGUGCGCAGUGCGCUGGGGCAGAGCGAGGCCGCGGCUGGAGCAAAACCGCCCUGCUGCCUUGCUUCGCCCCAAGGCAGGGUGAGGCAGCUCCCGGAGACGCGCCUCGGGCGGCGGCGUGUCCCCAGCACGACCGCUGCUGGAGGAACCUCUCCCGGACCGUCUCCUGCAUCCCUACGAGGGGGCUCUUUGCCCCCAUUGCUCCGUGGGUACAAUUUGUUUUUCUUUAGCACUUACUCAGGAUAAAGGUCUUUGGUUUGAGCUGCAGGAGGUCUGAGGCUUGACUUGCAGGGGAAGGGCCCUACAAGCAUUCCGAGCUCCCCUCCGGGAAGGUGGGCAGCUGCAGGGCAUCCGCACUGGGUGGUUGGACAGUUACUAACAGAGUAAGGAUCUGAUUUACUGCUGGGUCCCCCAGCAGUUAGAAAACUACACAAGCACCUGCUGCUCUCACCACUGAGCGUACAUCCCACCUCCCUGGGACUCCUCAGCUUUGCUUUGAUAUUUCUACUUUCAAAAGGCGAAAAUCCCAAAGAAAAGCGUAUUUGAAUUAAGCAGGAAGAGACACAUUUUUGGUUUAAUUUCUGGCCGAGUUCUUCUUCAACCAGUUACUCGUCCUGCAGCGCGCUAACGCUUUUCCACAGACGUGCCCAUGAGGAAGCCCUGUGCGGCCCCGGAGGCUGAUUUCCCAAGCAGCAGGAUCACCCUCCCGCCUCCUUUGCAAUUCCAUAGUCAAACAGAAUGGCAAAAAUUAAGGAAAACCACCCAAACCACUAGGGCUGCCUACAAUUAAAGUUUUACUUAGCUAAAAACUCUCUGGAGCUGUUUUUGGGGUGGCUGCACUGCAAGCGGGGCUUCCCAGGCCACGCGGCGCCGCAGCACCGGCCGAGGCAGGCAGCACGGCUGGUGGCUCCCAUUUAUGUAGUGGUAGAAUUAAUUGGAGUCGGUCAGACUACAGUGAAUAACAACUCAGCUCACCGGAGGAGCAUCUAAAACAAACUGUUACUAAAAUAAUCUGUAGUUUUCAGUGACUGUGCAACUCGAAAUCCAACAACUAUAAAGUCAGUCCCGUACUGGAUGAUUUUCGGAGGAGGCGGGGAGCAUCUGGGCUGGCCACAUUCACCUAUUUUCUAAACAUUUGUCAUCUGAUGCAACUUCACUUUCACACGACUUCUUUCUUCAUUCCAGGCCGUGACGCUUUCCCAAACAAGUCAUUUAUAUAUUAUUCCCAUAAUUGCCUCCACCCAGGACAACCACUGCUCUGAGUAAAAUCAUGACCAAGAACGACUGUUUUAAAAAGAGAACAUGCUUUAUCUAAAAAACUAUAUUUGAAAGGCAGAAGCGUUUGAUCCUGAUCUUCCGAAUGUUUGAUAGUAUUUUAUGCUUCAGGGAAACACUUUUACCUGCUCUGUUUUUUUAAGGUGUGCAGAACAAAACAAAAGCCCCAAGCAUAACAGCAAGAGAAACCCCCCAGCCUAGCCCAAAGCACCCCAGUUUUCCAAGCCAAACUGAGCUUGCCGUUCUUCCCUUACGCAGACCCUUCUCAAUCAAUGGCUCACCAGCCAGGGACAAGGGAGCAGCCCAUCCCUCCUGGCUAGCACGGCCUCCUCCAGCAGGGCUUGGUUGGUUUAUCUGGGGGAUUUUUUUGUCCCCUCUCCCAUUUAAAGCAUUUCCCCAUCAGCAGUAACUCCUAAGCCAGAGGCAAGCGUGCGCUUAGGGCACAACGUGAUCAAGCAAGGAGCCGGCCUUUUAGCGCGUUAGCUAACAGAACACUGUGAUACCUUUCGCCAACAGAGUGAAAUGCCUUUUGACUAUAAAUAGUUGUUUUUGAGCAAGGGGGCACUUUUUGGUCCAGCUAUUUUUGGGGUAUUGUACAGUCUUAUUUAAAAAUUACCGAAUGUGUUUAUAAAGCGGGUCUGGGAACUCGAGGGCUAGGGAUCUUUGAGCAGCAAAGGAUAGUAGCAGAUGCUUGAGUACUCUCUUUUCUAUACGGCAAGCCCUAGAGACCGGGGCUUACUCUGCUAACAGUUUUUUUAGCAAUCGAGUUUUAAUAUCAAAUUAAACCUUCAUUUAAAAAAAAAAAAAGCUAUCACAGAAACAGCUUCACACCUGAGCUUAUUUUAAAAUGCAAUUUUACUUCAUGGGAUAAAAAAGGUGAGGCUUUUUUUUUAACUCCUUUAUUUUAGUUUUGGUCAAAAACUUGAUGGCCUUUUCCAGGCAAAAGAGCUUUUAGAGGUUGUAAGAAUUUUGCGUGUGUAAAGACGGAGCGGGGGCCUCAGCAUUUGCCACUUGGCUAGUAACAGCCACCCCUAGAGAAAGGGGGGGAGAAAGAGGAAGAGCAAAAAGCAAAAACAAAUGCUUAGUUUUAUGUACUUUUCUACUUGCAUCUCUUCUGUCCAUAGCGCAGACUCCAUUCAUACCCUCGUAUACCAUGUAAAAAUGAAAUUAUGUACAUAAUAAAUAAAAUUAUUUAUUUUAUGUGUAUUUUUAGCUUAACUGUAAACUGAAAAAAAUAAAAAGCAUUUAAUUUUUUUCCCAGAAAUGUACGCCUAUUGAAAUUCAAGGUGUUUCUACCUUUUCAGAUGUAACAUUUCCAGCUGCCUAUUGAUAAUAAACAUUUAUGAA